AAUCUAAAUUUUGCAUAUUAUGAGCUGCUUUUGAAUUUGAAAUUUUCGGUUAAUCUGAUCAUAUAAAUACGGCAUUAGAUAGUGAACUAAUCAUCAGUCAGGGUUCAUUUAUCCAGAAGAUAACACCAAACAGCAUCAUGAAAUUCUUAGUUUUGGCUCUUGCUCUCAUCGGCGCCGCUUCAGCCGGAUAUGUUGCUCCAGUCGCCCAUGGAUACGGAUGGGGAAAUGGACUCGGUUAUGCCGGUGGUUUGGGAUGGGGACAUGGAGUCGGUUAUGCUGGUGGAUGGGGACAUGGAGUAGGUUAUGCUGGAGGAUGGGGACAUGCUGUAGCUGCCCCAGCUGUUGCUGCCUACUCUGCUCCAGUUGUUAGCCAUGCUGUCGCUGCUCCCGUCGUAAGCCACGCCGUUGCUGCUCCAGCUGUUGCUGCUUAUGCUGGUCAUGCUGUUGCUGCUCCAGUCGUCAGCCACGCUGUUGCUGCUCCAGCUAUUGCUGCUCAUGCUUAUGCUGCCCCAGCUAUUGCUGGCCAUGCUAUCGCUGCCCCAGUUGUUUCCCACGGAUACGGAUGGGGAAGCCACGCUUAUGCCGCCCCAGCCUGGGGAUAUGGUGGUCUCUGGAAGAAGAAGGCUGCUCAUUAAAUUGUUGGACUGACUUUGUUAAUAAAGAAUUAUAUAAUUUAAAAUAAUCAGUUUUGUUAAAAUUG